CGGACUUGAUGACCGAGAAUUUUAGUCUCCCUCUUAAAAUAAUCUUCAUCCUCGUCGUCCUGAAUAGUCUUUAGAUCCUCAAAUAUUCGAAAGAAAUCUCAAAAUGGGUGGCAACAACAACACAGUGGGUGCCUACUACGCACCGAAGGGCGGCUUGCCCCCACAAACCCAAAUCCUCACUGACCGGGCCAUGUUCACCGAGUCUUACGCCGUCAUCCCUAAAGGCUGCUUCAGCGACAUUGUCACCAGCUUCCUCCCAUUCUGGGAGCAAACACGACUAUGGGUUAUUGCUCGCCCACUUUCGGGCUUUGCUGAGACAUUCUCUCAGUACAUCAUGGAGGUUCAACCAGGCGGUGGCAGUGACCGUGCUGAGAUGGAUGACACUGCUGAGAGUGUCUUGUUCGUUGUCGAGGGUGAAAUCACCGUUACACUAGCUGGCGAAGCUCACACUCUUUCAUCGGGAGGUUAUGCCUUCCUCCCUCCCAAGAGCGGCUGGACGCUCCGCAACAACUCUAGCGAGCCAGCUCGUUUCCACUGGGUCCGCAAAGCCUACGAAUCUGUCCCUGGACUUGAUGCACCCGAGGCCUUCUUCGCGAAUGAGAAGGAUAUUGAGCCCAGAGAAAUGCCCGAUACGAAUGGAGCUUGGGCGACAACGCGCUUCGUUGACCCUACCGAUGUUCGACAUGACAUGCAUGUGAACAUUGUGACUUUCCAGCCUGGUGGUAUCAUUCCCUUCGCUGAGACACAUGUGAUGGAGCACGGUCUUUAUGUGCUUGAGGGAAAGGCUGUUUACCGACUGAAUCAGGAUUGGGUCGAGGUUGAAGCUGGUGACUUUAUGUGGCUGCGAGCUUUUUGUCCCCAAGCUUGCUAUGCUGGUGGACCUGGCAAGUUCAGAUACUUGUUGUACAAGGAUGUAAACCGACACGCGAAGCUAUCUAGGUAGAUACAAUACACAAGAAUGCGGAAGUAUCAUGAUCCUUAUCCCAGACUUACAAAGCGAUUGAAUCGGC